GUUCAGAAGUUCGUCGGUUGUGAGCUUGCGUGAAUGGAUAGAAAGAACUUCUGCUGAAAUCGCAUUAAAGAUAGCAUGUACUAGGAGCUUGACAGCUAAAAUGGCUAAUAUUAUUUAUGUUUUGUGCCUGUGCUUAAUGUUCUUAUUAUUCUCGUCUGCUGUAUCAUCUGCAAGUAAACGGAUUCGGCGACAAAAUCGAUCUGAUAGACUGCUGGCUGACAUUGGAGUUCGUGCCCAGUCUUAUGAUUCCCGACUGCCGGAAAAUGGGAUACCACUAUAUACCGAUAUUGACCAGGAUCUGCGGCAUCUGUUCACGAACACCAGGCAAACCACGCUGAGAUGGGCACUCAAUAACAUCGAGGCUCUGAACAGCCGUGGAAGGCGAGAGGGAAAACUUCAGAAGCCGGUGUCGAAGAAGCGGCCCUUUUUCUGCCCCACAAACGAUACAAGAUCAGUAGAUCCUCCCACAUCUAUAGAGCACCUGAGGCCGGGUGAUAUUGAUAUAAUAGCUGCCUUUGGUGACUCCUUAUCGGCUGGAAAUGGAAUUCUGUCCAACAACGCCAUCGACAUGAUCAACGAGUUUCGCGGCCUGACCUUUUCGGGCGGCGGUCUGGCCAACUGGCGCAAGUUCGUGACCCUGCCAAACAUCCUGAAGAUCUUCAAUCCCAAGCUGUACGGCUUUGCGGUGAGCAACAGUCUGGUGAUCAACCACCGAUCCUCGCGGCUGAAUAUUGCCGAACCCAUGAUCAUGUCACGGGAUCUGCCCUUUCAGGCCCGCGUGCUCAUCGAUUUGCUGCGCCGUGAUCCCAAUGUGGACAUGAAGCGGCAUUGGAAGCUGCUGACGGUGUAUGUGGGCAACAAUGAUAUCUGCUCGGAUAUGUGCCACUGGGACAGUCCGCAGAGAUUCCUCGAUCAGCAUGGCCGAGAUCUGCGCCAGGCAUUACGGUUGCUCCGCGACCAUGUGCCCCGGCUGUUGAUCAACCUGAUCAUUGUGCCCAAUAUCCCAUUGGUGCUGAGCACCAUGAAACAGAUUCCCUUGCAGUGCUUCGUGGUGCAUCGGGUGGGAUGCCAUUGCCUGAUCAACGAUCGUCUGAAUCGCACCCAGCUGGCAGAACGCAGGAAUACCCUGAUCCGGUGGCAGCAACUGGACAUGGAGAUCGCCCGAUUGCCCGAGUUUCAUCGCCAGGACUUUGCCAUUGUGGCCCAUCCGUUGUUGGCCGAUAUGUCAGCCCCCCAGCUGCCCGAUGGGAAGACAGACUGGCGGUUCUUCUCCCACGACUGCUUCCACUUCAGCCAGCGGGGCCAUGCGAUCAUCUCGAACCUGCUGUGGAACAGCAUGCUCCUGCCGGACGACCAGAAGCCACGACCUUCGAAUGUGCCCGAUCUUUUCGAGCGGGUCGUUUGCCCCACUGCGGAGCAGCCCUUCUUUGUGGUCAGGCCAAGUUGAGGGUCGCGUCUCCCAAGUUCGGGAGCGGGUUAAGUUACUUGGUUAAGCUGUCUGGUGAACUUUUUGAGCCCAGUCCACAGUCGGGUGUACACGGAGAAAAAUUACUGUUUCAAUUCGCUAUUCGCUUAUCAAAGUAGAAGUAAAAGUAACUCCAAUGUUAGAGUACUGAAUAAUACUGGAAUCUAAGUUGUAUUCGAGAUGUAAAACAAUGUCACUUCCAAUUUCGCAAAUACUGUUGCGAAAUCAAUUGGACAGUGCAAUGAAAGGUUAUACGACUUUUGCUCUAAAGUAACAUACAUAUAAUAACAUUGUAACAUACUGGGCUUAAGCGAAUAAAUAUAAAUAUUUAUUGUAAAUAUGUAAA